AUGCUGGGCCCGCUGAUCAAAGCACAGCUAGCUGCCUUUCUGACCAAGAAGUUGCUCGAGUCGAAAGCCUUUGUUGGAGCGGUCCAUUCGCUGCAUGGAACGGUGACACGGGUACAGCAGGGAGCGUACGACACGCUGCUACAGGCAACAGAAGAGUGGGAACGCAAGAACCCUCCGCCACACUUGAAACAGGACGCAGCGAGCGAGACGCACCGACCACGGGUGGACGAGUCGCUCGAGUCUCAGAACGACUCUCUGCGCAAGUUCCUCGAGAAGACGCAGCGCGAGCUGGAGAAGGAGCGCGAGUCGAAGCGGUAG